AUGUCUAUUGAAGAUGUAAGAAGCUCUGCCAGCUUUGUGGCUGAAAAUGCCGCUUCAGAUCGUUGCAAUGGCCACUCUCUGCGGGAAAGAGCGGACCAGGAUGUGGACAACCAGAGCCAAGGCCAGGAUGGCAUCGUUUUGGGACUCAUUGCCACUCUGUCACAGGACACAUGUGAUCCCAGUGCCUUGAAGGGGAGGUUUUCAAGGUUCCAGUCCAAACCCAGAAGAAGGGCAAACAUCAUGGGAGCCAUGGCGACCAGCCAGCAGGAUUCAGGCUUCUUUGACAUCAGCAUCAAGUCUCUCCUCAAGUCUUUAGGAGGCAUGGGUCUGAAGCCGCCUCUGCCACCAGCCAGUGGAACAUUGGGAGAGAGGAAAGGUCCUGUCGUCAUGGCGCCUGUCAACGUAGACCCUGAGAGCAAGCCGGGCGAGUUCGUCCUCAAAAGCUUGUUUGCCAACUUCACCUUGUUUUCCGAGCGCAAGAUUCGCAUCAUCAUGGCCGAGCCACUGGAGAAGCCUCUUAACAAAUCUCUACAGAGAGGAGAAGAUCCACAGUUUGACCAGUUAAUCAGCACUAUGAGCUCUCUGGCUGAGUACUGCUUGCCAUCCAUCCUGAAGACACUGUUUGACUGGUACAAGAGGCAGAAUGGCCUGGAGGAUGAGUCCCAUGAAUACAGACCCCGAGCCAACACCAAGUCCAAAAAUGACGAACAGCAGAAGGACUACUUACUGGAGCGGAGGGAUCUGGCCAUAGACUUCAUAUUCUCACUUGUGCUCAUAGAAGUUUUGAAGCAGAUCCCACUCCAUCCUCUUUUGGAUGGACUCAUUCAGGAAGUUGUCAACCUGACCUUCAAGCACUUCAAAUACAAAGAAGGGUAUCUGGGGCCUAACACAGGCAACAUGCACAUUGUGGCUGACCUCUACGCUGAAGUUGUGGGAGUUGUUGCUCAGUCAAGGUUCCCCGCAGUGAGGAAAAAGUUUAUCUCUGAGCUAAAGGAGCUGAGACAGAAGGAGCAGAGUCCAUACGUUAUCCAGUCCACCAUCAGCCUCAUCAUGGGACUCAAGUUUUUCCGCAUCAAAAUGUAUCCAGUUGAAGACUUUGAAGCCUCUUUCCAGUUCAUGCAGGAGUGUGCACACUAUUUCUUGGAAGUGAAGGACAAAGACAUUAAGCACUCAUUAGCUGGACUCUUUGUGGAAAUACUUGUACCUGUAGCUGCUACUGUGAAGAAUGAGGUGAAUGUUCCAUGUCUCCGAAAUUUUGUGGAGAGUUUGUAUGAUACAACUCUGGACCUGUCCUCUAGGAAAAAGCACUCUCUGGCUCUCUAUCCUCUGGUGACGUGCCUGCUCUGUGUCAGUCAGAAGCAGUUCUUUCUCAGCCGCUGGCACAUUUUCCUCAACAACUGCCUCUCAAACCUUAAGAAUAAGGACCCCAAGAUGGCGCGCGUCGCUCUUGAAUCACUCUACCGCCUGCUUUGGGUCUACAUGAUCCGAAUAAAGUGUGAAAGCAACACUGGAACACAGAGUCGACUGACAUCCAUCACGUCCACUCUGUUCCCCAAAGGCAGUCGCAGUGUUGUGCCCAGAGACAUGCCCCUCAAUAUUUUUGUCAAAAUCAUCCAGUUUAUUGCUCAGGAGAGACUCGAUUUUGCCAUGAAGGAGAUCAUAUUUGAUCUGCUCAGUGUUGGGAAGCCUGCCAAAGCCUUCAGUCUCAACCCAGAGCGUAUGAACAUCGGCCUACGUGCAUUCCUGGUGAUAGCAGAUGCUCUGCAACAGAAGGAUGGAGAGCCUCCUAUGCCCAACACAGGAGCCACUCUACCCUCUGGCAACUCUCUGAAAAAGAAGAAAACAUAUCUCAGCAAGACACUCACCGAGGAGGAAGCCAAACUGAUAGGCAUGUCCUUGUACUACUCCCAGGUGCGUAAGGCUCUGGAUAACAUCCUAAGGCAUUUGGACAAGGAGGUGGGUCGUUGUAUGAUGCUCACCAGUGUCCAGAUGCUCAACAAAGAACCAGAGGAUAUGAUCACUGGUGAAAGGAAGCCUAAAAUUGACCUGUUCAGGACAUGUGUGGCUGCCAUUCCUCGUAUCCUUCCUGAUAGCAUGUCUAAACCGGAGCUCAUUGACUUACUCUCACGACUUACCGUGCACAUGGAUGAUGAGCUUCGUCUAAUUUCCCAGAACUCUCUGCAAAGCCUGUUACUUGAUUUCUCAGACUGGAGGGAAGACGUCCUUUUUGGAUACACUCAUUUUCUUUUACGUGAGGUCCAAGACACUCAUCAGGGUCUGCAGGAUGCGUCUGUGAAGCUGCUUCUGCAGCUGCUCACUCAGUGGAGGCUGGCCCUGCAGCUUCAGGGAAAGACACGAGGUGGUGUUGAGGCCAGUCCAAGACUACCAGACAGAAGUCCCCAUUGCUCAGUGCUCCAUGCAGUGGAGGGUCUUGCUCUGCUUCUCCUCUGCUCAUGUCAGAUCAGCACAAGAAAGCUUGCAGUUGGUGUUUUAAGGGAAAUACGCUGCCUUUUCACAGCACUAGGACAUGCAGAGGAUGAUGACAAACCCAUGAUAGAGGUCAUGGACCAGCUGAGCCCAGCUGUAAUGGACAGCUUUGUUCAUGUGGCUGUUUCUGACUCAUCCACAUUGCCUCUCAGCCACCAUGUGGACCUCCAGUGGCUGGUUGAGUGGACCGCUCGGUUGGUGAGCAGUUCCUACGACGUGAAGAGCCCGAGCCAUGUGUGGAUCUUCGCGCUGUGUGUGAAGGACCCAUGGGUGCUCUGUCUGCACAUCUUCUUGCGACAGGAGCAUCUUCCAAAACACUGCUCCAUUGCUCUGGGAUAUGCCUGGCCCUACGUGUUCACACGGCUACAGCUGCUGCUGCCACUGGUUGACCCCAACAGUCCAGUGAAUGCAAAGAAGACCAGCACUGCUGGCACAAGCGACAGCUACAUCUCCCUGUGGCGCAACUAUCUGAUACUGUGCCUGGGUGUGGCUAAACCGAGCAUCAUGUCCCCAGGCCACCUCAGGGCAUCUACACCUGAGAUCACAGCCACCACUCCUGACGGCAGUGUCACCUAUGACAACAAGGUAAUAGGCACUCCCUCUGUGGCUUGGCUAUUAAAACAGCUUGUUCCACUGAUGAGAGCUGAGAGCCUGGAGAUCACAGAGUCUCUGGUGCUGGGGUUUGGAUGCACCAACGCCCUAGUCUUCAGGGAACUGGUCGAAGAACUCCAUCCACUGAUGAAGGAGGCACUAGAACGAAGGCCUGAGAACAAAAAGCGCAGAGAGAGGAGAGAUCUCCUCCGGCUGCAGCUGCUCAGGAUCUUUGAACUGCUUGCAAAUGCAGGAGUUAUCAGUGACAGCACUAAUGGGGCUUUAGAACGUGACUCCCUAGCACUGGGUGCUUUGUUCCUCGAGUAUGUUGAUCUAACUCGAAUGCUUCUGGAAGCUGAAAAUGAGAAGGAGCUGGACGUCCUCAAAGACAUCAGAGCCCAUUUCAGUGGGAUGGUGGCUAAUCUCAUCCAGUGUGUUCCCGUCCACCACAGGCGCUUCCUCUUCCCUCAACAGUCUCUGAGGCAUCAUCUCUUCAUUCUCUUCAGCCAGUGGGCUGGACCCUUCAGUGUUAUGUUCACCCCCCUUGAUCGUUACAGUGACCGUAACCAUCAGAUCACUCGCUAUCAGUACUGUGCACUCAAGGCCAUGUCAGCAGUUUUGUGUUGCGGUCCAGUUUUUGAUAAUGUUGGUCUGUCCACCGAUGGCUAUCUCUACAAAUGGCUUGACAAUAUCCUGGCCUGUCAUGACCUACGGGUGCACCGUUUGGGGUGUGAGGUGGUCAUCCUGCUUUUAGAGCUGAACCCUGAUCAAAUCAAUCUGUUCAACUGGGCCGUGGACCGAUGUUUCACUGGAUCUCACCAACUGGCAUCCGGCUGCUUCAAGGCCAUCGCCACAGUCUGUGGCAGCAGGAAUUACCCCUGUGACCUGGUGACUUUGCUCAAUCUUGUGCUUUUCAAAGCCUCAGACACAAACAGGGAAAUAUAUGAAAUCUCCAUGCAGCUGAUGCAGGUGCUGGAAUCCAAGCUGUGUGCAUAUUCUAAGCGCAUGGUGGAGCAGAAGCCCAGUAAUAUAUUGUAUGGAACACAUGGCCCCCUGCCUCCCCUGUAUAGUGUCAACCUCUGUCAGCUCUCCAUCCAGCUUGCAAGCAUGUACCCAGAGCUCACACUGCCUCUUUUCUCAGAGGUGAGCCAGCGUUUCCCCACCACCCAUCCCAAUGGCCGACAGAUCAUGCUAUCCUACCUGCUACCCUGGCUGAGUAAUAUUGAACUUGUGGACACUGGGCUCAUACCUCCUGCUUCAAGCCCCUGCACACCUGAGGAAGAGCCUCGGGGUCAAGGCCAGGGUAUGACUCCCAGUCUAAGAGGUAAUGGCUGGGGAUCCUUACAGGCAACUUCACUGGUGCUCAACAACCUCAUGUUCAUGACAGCAAAGUAUGGAGAUGAGGUUCCCGGACCAGAAAUUGAGAAUGCCUGGAAUGCUCUGGUGUCCAACGAGAGGUGGAGCAACAACUUGAGGAUUACGCUGCAAUUCCUUAUCAGCCUGUGUGGAGUCAGCAGUGAUACCACUCUGUUACCUUAUAUCAAGAAGGUUGUGAUCUACUUGUGUCGCAACAACACCAUUCAGACCAUGGAGGAGCUCCUGUUUGAGCUGCAGCAGACUGAUCCAGUCAACCCUGUGGUUUUGCACUGCGAUAACCCUCCCUUCUAUCGCUUUGCUGCCAGCAGCAAAGCCUCCACUUCCCAGACAGGCACCACAUCCAGCAGUAACACAGUAGUGGCUGGUCAGGAUAACCUGCCGGACACAGAUGAGAGCAAGCUGGUCAGGGACAAGGAGGAGCGUGUCAUGUCAUAUUUCAGCAGGGCGAGGGCUCACAACAGACUGGAGUCCCGCUACAGCAACAGCUCUGGGGGUUCCUAUGAAGAUGAAAAAACUGACCCACUACCACCAUAUGCUGGAUGGCUACUGGGUGUCUUGGAGACCAACCAUCCCCAGCCUUUACCAAUGCCUGUUAACGGAGGCUGCUGGGCACCUCUGGUUGACUACCUUCCUGAGACCAUCACCCCUAGAGGACCUCUGCAUAGGUGUAACAUUGCCGUCAUCUUUAUGACUGAAAUGGUGGUGGACCACAGCGUGAGAGAGGACUGGGCUUUGCACUUGCCUUUACUUCUACAUGCUCUGUUUUUGGGUCUGGACCAUUACAGACCAGAGGUCUAUGAGCACAGCAAACGUCUCCUUCUCCAUCUCCUCAUUGCGCUCUCCUGUAAUAACAACUUUCAGGUAAUAGCCUCAGUUCUGAUGCUGACGAGGGAGAUCAGUGACAACAAGACGCUCACCAUUAAAUCAAAUUACCACACCGAGUACCAGCAGUCACAUACACCUGACUUUCUGAGAGAGUGGCAGACAUCUCCUGUGGUAGACUCGGGACUCAGCUCCACUUCCAACUCAUCCUCGGCCAGUCUGGGGGGUGGCAGCACAGCAGGCAGUGUUGGAAAUUUGCCCCUUGUCACACCUGAUGAACUGGAGGAUCUUGAGGAUACACCCAAUGAGACAGAUGAGAAGACAAACAAACUCAUCGAGUUCCUCUCCACUAGAGCAUUUGGGCCACUUUGGGCGCAUGAGGACAUCACUCCUAAGAACCCCAAUUCCAAAAGCACGGAUCAGCUUUCCAACUUCCUACGACAUGUCAUCUCUGUGCUCAAGGAAUCCAAGUCUGACUUUCACCUGGAGCAGCAGCUGAGCGACGUUGCUUUACAGACAGCUCUGUGCAGCUCCUCUCGCCACUAUGCUGGCCGUUCUUUCCAGAUCUUCAGAGCCCUCAAACAGCCGAUCAACAACCACGCUGUCUCAGACCUGGUCUCACGCCUUGUAGAGGUGGUAGGAGAACAUGGAGAUGAGGUGCAGGGCUAUGUGAUGGAGGUGCUGUUAACGCUGGAGUCAGUGGUGGUGAAUCUAGCUGAGUGCCUGAAAAACAGUGACCUUAUGGCUGCUCUUACCAGUGACAAACUGAUGAACAGAAAGAGCACAGGUCAGCUGAACUUCCCUGGUCCAGGUUUUGCUGGCCUUUCAUCCCAGCGCCAUCAGCGUUCGUAUUCAGUCCCCAAGAAAUUUGGCGAGUGUGGCAACCUGUCCUGUGACCCCCCUCGCAGUGCCACUCUGGAUCGAAUACAGGCUGGCAACGGUCAUGGUCUUGCCCGGAUAGCAAGAACCCCAGGGUCUUGCACAUCAUCUACCAAUCGCAUUGAUCCCAGUGUUCUGUCAGACCCUGCACAUGUUUCCCACCCAUCAUCAAUACUGGCAACUGUCUUCUGGGUAGCAGUUUCACUCAUGGAGUCAGACUUUGAAUUUGAAUACCAGAUGUCCCUUCGCCUUGUUCACAAGCUGCUGUCAAAGGUGCCUUUAGAUAGAGCUGAGAACCGUGAGCGCCUGGAGAAGCUGCAGGCUCAGCUGGGAUGGACUGGGUUCUCUGGGAUUCAGCAGCUUUUGUUAAAGGGUUUUACCUCCCAGACGACCUCUGACCUCACUUUACAACUCUUCUGCCAACUCACGCCAGUCUCUCGUGUGCCUGUUGUUGACAGCUCACAGUCUAUAGGUUUUCCUCUGAAUGUGCUGUGUCUGCUGCCUCACCUGGUGCAGCACUUUGGCCAUCCAACGCAGUUUUGUAAGGAGAGUGCUGAAAGGAUUGCACAGGUGUGUUUAGUGGAGAAGAACACAAAGCUUUCCCAUCUGGCACAUGUUAUGACUCUCUAUAAGACACGCUCCUACACACGGGACCCAUUCUCUUGGGUCAGUGUAGUUUGUCGAUACCUGCAUGAGGCUUUCUCCAACAUCACACUCAAUAUGGUCACAUAUAUGGCUGAGUUAUUGGACAAGGGCCUUCCCAGUAUGCAACAGUCUCUCCUUCAGAUCAUCUACUGUCUGCUGAGUCACAUGGACCUGUCUGCUGUAUCGGUCAAACAGUUCAACGCUGAUGUCAUGAAGACUAUAGAGAAGUUCGUCCAUACAAUACACUGGAAAGACGCUUUAAACAUCUUAAAGCUAGUCGUCUCACGCUCUGCCAGCCUAGUGCAUCCUGUGUACGGCCAAACACAGGGGGACCUUUCCAACCUAGAGGUCAGCAGAGUGUGGGACGGAUCGGCCAAGGCUCUGCCAGGGAAAACACUGGAUUUCACUUUUGACAUCUCUGAGACACCAGUCAUCGGUCGCCGCUUUGAUGGGCUUCAGGGUUCGGGGGGGAGAGAUGGCAAGGCUAGAGCCAUGGCUGUCACCCGCAGUACCUCCUCCACCUCCUCUGGUUCAAAUUCCAACACCAUCCUGGUGCCUGUCAGCUGGAGGCGGCCACAAUCAUCUCAGAAAAGAACCAGAGAGAAGCUAGUGAGCGUCUUGUCUCUUUGUGGACAGGAAGUUGGACUCACCAAGAAUCCAUCGGUGAUCUUCUCAUCCUGUGGUGACUUGGAUAUGAUGGAGGUGCGAGAGAGUGGAGUGUCAUCUGAGGAAGGUGGCACCCGAGAGGACACAUUAGAUGACACUGCCAGUGAGCAGCAGUUCAGGGUUUUCCGAGACUUUGACUUCCUGGAUGUGGAGUUGGAGGACGGAGAGGGCGAGACUGUUGAUAAUUUUAAUUGGGGCGUGCGUCGGCGAUCUCUGGACAGCACCGAACUGGGCGACCUGUUAGAGGAAAGCCAGCACUCAGGCAGCACCCCCAGUUUGGGUCACGAAGACCCACACGAUUCGGAUGAGUCGUCAGAGGAGGAGGAGUCAUCAACUAGCCAGAGCCUCUCCCAUUCUCAGCUCACUAACCCAUCUCCAUCAGAGGAAACCAACCAAACAGAUUCUCUGUCUACUUCUUAUGACACAUCGGCCGACCCCCCGUCGUUCAAUGCUACCACUCCAGGCCAGGGAGUUCUGCCUGAUGAUCACAGUGGACUCAAUGUGAGAGUUUGUGGUGAGGACGAGGACACUCAAGCUCAGGAUGAUGAACUGUCUUUGAGCGUCAAUGAGCUACCUCAUGGCUCAGACUGUGGUGAGAGCUUCACUCUGGAGUUGCCCGGUCAAUCUCAGGAUCCGCUGGCAAACCUCGACCAUGGUCUCAGUGCGCACUUCUGCCAACCUCCGCUUGACUUUCUAGACCCAAACUGUCUACCCAGCUUACGCGAUGAUGUGGAUGAUUUGGAAGACCUCGGGUUUCCUCCUCCCCCCUCUCCAUUUUUCUCUGCCAUCUUGGCGGCGUUCCAGCCCAUAGUGUGUGAUGACGCUGAGGAGGCAUGGCGUUGUCAUGUUAACCAGCUUGUGACUGACUCAGAUGGGUCCUGUGCUGUUUACACUUUUCAAGUCUUCUCAUCUCUCUUCAAGAACAUCCAGGGUAAAUUCUGCACCUUGACUACUGAUGUUGCCACCUACCUUGGUGAGGGAUUAAGGGGCAUUGGAUCAAAGUUUCUUAGGUCCUCACAGAUGUUAACCACAUGCUCAGACUGUCCUACAAUCUACAUUGAUGCUGACACGAUCAUGUCCUAUGGUCUUCUUGAAAAGAUGAAGUUCAGUGCGCUGGAGCUGCAGGAGUACCUGGACACGUACAACACCAAAGAGGAGUCUGCUGUGACGUGGCUGAGGAACUGUAAGGAUACAUUUCCAAGGUGUCCUGGUGACAGUGUGGUCACCUGCCAACCUGGAGAUUCAGAGGAGAAGCAACUGGAACUGUGUCAGAGGCUUUACAAGCUGCACUUCCAGCUCCUCCUACUGUUUCAGUCCUACUGCUCCCUGAUUGGUCAAGUUCAUGCCAUCAGCUCAGUACCUGAGCUGCUGAACAUGUCACGAGAGCUCACCGAUCUGAGGACAAGCCUGCAGGCGGCUGAGGCGGCCGUGGCCAGCGACUUGGAACACAAACACUUGGCCCACACUCAUGCACACGCCACUCAGGUGGCAGCCAUGGUUGUGCCAAGCUUCACCAGUUCGGAGGAAGCUGUGCAGGCCAUACUAGAGUGCCUUAGGAAUCAUGAGUUCACCAAAGCCGUUCGGUAUAUCCAGGAAUGCAGGAGGCAGUGGCCUAACGGUGUGUUUGGCGGUGGAUCAGAGAGUGAGGUUCAUACGCUGCUCAAUGUUUACUUUCGUCACCAAACUCUGGGCCAGACCGGCACAAUAGCCCUGGUCGGCUCCCGACAGGACCUGAGUCUGAUCUGCUCCAAGCUGCUGGAGCUCAACGGGGAGAUCCGCGACAUGAUCCGCCGCGCCCAGGGUUACCGGGUCGUCACAACUUACCUCCCCGACUCCAGCGCCUCCGGGACCAGCCUCUGA